AUGAAAUCAAUAUAUUGUCUAUAUUUAGCUCAUGAAAUGAACGGAAAUUGGUAUCCAUGGUCAGCAGCAAUGGGAAAUUCAACUCCGCAAGAUUAUAUUUUAGCAUGGCAUCAUAUUCAUGAUAUAUUUUCAAACAAAAGUUUAGAUUCGACAAGACUUCAAUGGAUGUGGUGUGUUAAUAAUGCGGAUGUUGGCAGUUAUACAGCUGAAAAUUAUUGGGUUGGCGAUAGUUAUGUUGAUUGGAUUGGAGUUGAUGGAUAUAACUGGGGUGCAACUCAAAGUUGGAGUACAUGGUUGUGGCCUGAUCAAAUUUUUUCUAAUAUGAUUAGCCGUUUACGUCUUUUAUCGUCAACGAAACCAUUAUGUAUAAGUGAAUAUGGAACAACAAGUAAACGUAUAGGAAAUAUUUCGGAUACACAAUCGAAAAAUGAUUGGUUAAAUCAAUUUUGUGCUUAUAUGAAUAGUACUCAGAUUCAAAUGGCACCUUAUUUUAAUAUAGACAAAGAAACAGAUUGGGCUAUAUUUGGUGGUAUGAACGGAAAUACGAUGCAGAAUAAUUUUAGUGCAUAUACAGCAUAUAAAGAUUGUUUACAAGUCAACGAUUGGGUAUUACCAGAUAGUACUAAUCAAAGAAUUAUUACUGAUGAACAGUUUGCCGGGACAGGUAAGAUACAGUAUUGA